UGCAAAAAACGAAGCCGGGCACUUGAAUAACAGGAACGGGACAGAAUUAAAAACAGUCCCACUUAGGGCUCUAGUCUGAGGCCUGAUGUGUGGUGCCCCCCACUGGCGGCUGCGCCCCUCUGGGCAGACCCAGCGCUCCCCGUGUCUCAGGCCAACUUUUGCUGCUCUCCCCCAUUGCCAUGAGCCCUCAUUGCCCCGGCCAGCCGAGCUCCCAGGCUGGGCCACGCCCGCCCCCUGGGGGCUGCUUCCCGCUCUGCAGCCAGGCCGCGGCCCCUGGGAGCGCUGCCAGCCCCAGGGCCCCAGCAGGGUUCAAUGGCUCCUGACCCCUCCUCUCCUCACAGCCAAUCCGUGCCAGCCCUCCCUGCGGCGCCGAAUGGAACCGGGACCCUCCCUCACCUGCUCCGUGGGGGCCAAGUGCCCCCAUCCCCCCUCCUGGUACGACCGAGAUGGCGCGCGACGGAGCCCAGAGCAAACCCUGGGCGCGGCUGGGGCGACUGAGCUGCGAAUAUCCCCAUCCCAGCUGGACCCUGGCGCGGCGCUGAGAUGCCAGUUGGAUGGAUACAGGGAUGAGUGUGACUCCGACCAAUCCCAGCCCCUGGGGACAGCCACCCCCAAGUUGCCCAGGGUCGAGGUUUCGUGGCCGGCAGGGCAGGCAGCGCUAAGGGAAGGUGACAAUUUUACCCUGCGCUGCCGGGCUGCUGCCCUGCGGCCCGUCACCGGGUACGUCUGGUCCCGCGGGGACGUGUGGCUGACAGAAGCCAGAAAGGACUUACGUGUUGACAAGGCAGCCGUCUCUGAUGGAGGGAGCUACGCGUGUGGGGUCUGGGUCUCUGGCGCCGGCUGGGGGUAUCUGAGUCUCUCUGCGAGGGAAUCGGUCGAAGUUCAGC